AACACGGAGAGACAGUACCAUAAGUAGCCUCACCAUACGCACACACUCUCAUCUUCAUAAGGAUUUUGGCCUAAACUACGUCCCUGUAACACUCUACUGUCUCCAAACAAUUUCAGAAACCGGAUUUAGUCGAAGUUCUGUCAGUGUGUGUGUGUAUGUAAUUCGAUUUAAGACAAAGGUAUAAAACUGCGCAUUAUUUUGGCCGAGUAACGGUUCGGGUUGUGGCAGUGAGAGCUUCCUCGUGUUGGUGGUGAAGGACUCCCGUACGGCAGCACCAUGGCGCUCGGUAAGGGUCGAGGCAACAUGGAGGAACACCUCGAGCUGUUGCAGUACCUCAUGUAUAUCUUCAACACAGUCUUCUUCAUGGCUGGGGCGGCCAUCUUCGCCCUGGGUCUGUGGAUCCUGUUUGACAAAGACAUGGGUGACUACAUCCCUGGCCUGGGGAUGUUCAACUACUGGAACGCGACCACUGGCCUGAUGGUCGCCGCGGCCCUCGUCAUGGUCUCCUCCUUCCUUGCCUGUUGCGGUGCCUACUUCAAGAGCACCUUAAUGAUCAUAGUUUACAAGGUGUUGACAGUCGUCACCUUCAUCAUGCUGCUGGUUGGAUCUGGUUAUAUCCUCGCCCAUGGACUGGAGGACUCCCAAGCUUUCCCCGUCAUCCAGGAAGCCAUGAGGAAUUUAAUUUAUCAAUACCAAUGGGAUAUGAACUCUAGGAGGACUGUCGACAUUAUCCAGGAAUAUGUGGGGUGUUGUGGUGGCUACUCUGCUAGUGACUACACCGACAUUCAUAUGCCCAUACCAGACACCUGCCGGGACCAGGUUACCGGGAACCAGUACGGUGAUUCGUGCGCUGAGAUCUUCUCCCAGUAUCUGGAGGUCCGGACCGGGUGGAUCACUGGCUUGUCCCUGAGUCUCUGCUUCUUCCAAUUCUUCUCUAUGAUGUUUGCCUUCUGCAUAUGGCAAGCGAUCAAGGAGCUCAAGCACCCUAAAUAACGUCGUCCUUCCGGUUUUCAAGGUGACGAAGCACCAAAAUUUAUAAUGUAUUUUGUAGUGUAGUUUAGUGUAGUGUACACAGUGUGACGAGACACCUUCACAGAUUCAGAUAUAAAACAGACAUUCUGAAUUUAGUAUUCUGUCAUGUAGGAUUAAGAAUUAAUAAUAAUUUGAUACUUUUGUCAAUACUCUCCAGUAUUGUAGUUAGAUAAGCAUUUUUACAUACUGUACAUGUGUUGUGGGUCAUAAUUCUUCAUAGCUGCACUUUUUCUACCCACGUAACUCAAAAUAGGAUAAAUAUAUCUGUAUAUAAAUUGAAGCUAAGCUUAAUCAUUCCUUUAAUAUUUUCGUUUCGCCAAAGAACCAGGUAGCUGUGAAGUGUUGAGAAGACUUGAGACCGUCUUGUAUUUGCUACACACACACAUGGUACAUACUGUAGUGUGGGUCUGUCCUAGCCACCUUACCCAGCUGCUUAUUUACUUUGCAUCUUAAAAUAUACAAUAUAUAUAUAUAUAUAUAUAUAUAUAUAUAUAUAUAUAUAUAUAUAUAUCUGGUAUUUGAUUUUUUUCACCCAAUGUGUAUUUACAGUUCUUGAGAUAAUCACGGUUUGAAGAAAAUUCUUCUUCCCAGUUCCUUGGUGGGAUAGCUCCUGUACAAAUUAUUGUUCAAAUAGUUAAUCUGCCAAAUAAUGUAAGUGCUUUCUUGUUUUGCUGGAGGAAUAAUUAUACCGAUAUAUUGCAUUAUGGAUUAUGUGUCAUCUUUGAUAUAUAGUAAUUGUUAACACUGGGUCAUGGAAGUUGUCACCAGUGAAUAUAAGAUAUUUCUGAUAAAAAUGUACAGGUUUCUCCAUGCCAAUUUCAUGGUUAUUAUCUCUCUUGAAUAAAUCAAAAUGAGACAAAUGUUUUACAUUAUUAUAGACUUCAUGUUAAUAUGUAAGUUACUUGCUGUUAAUGAUGUUUUAUUGCACCAAGUUGUCAAGUGAGCAGUCACGGGUGCUAGUCAUUAAAACACCUCACUGAAGGCUGAGGUAAGGUGAGGGAGCAUUAUUAUCCUCCAUUGUUGUAAGCAGAACCAGAUCAACACCAAGGAGCUAAAUCAUGUUUUUGACUUUUUGCAAUAAAAAAAUGUAGAAAUUUU